CCACUCCCUUCUCGAUGCGCAAAGACUAGCCUCUCGCCAUGUCAUUAUCGUCGUCGCUCAAGGGCGACUCGGCCCACCAGGUCAAAUCUUUGUACCGCCAGCUUCUCCGACAGGGCGAGCAGUUCGCAUCGUACAAUUUCAGAGAAUACGCGAAGAGGCGGACACGAGAUGCUUUUCGAGAGAACAAGAACGUGGAGGACUCGAGACAGGUUCAGGAGCUGUUACAGAAGGGCCUGAAGGAGCUACAGAUGCUGAAGCGGCAAACGGUGGUCAGCCAGUUCUUUGAGAUGGACAAGUUGGUUGUGGAGGCGGGCUUGUCGGGCAAGCAAAAGGGCGCAAAAGGCGACAUCGUCCGCCAGAAGCAACAGGGUUUCAACUGAGAGUUGCCUUCGUGGACUCUAUGGUCCUGUCUCAACAACUACAUUUCCCUUAUCGAGGCAAAAAGUGGCCAAGGUUACCGGCCGCAAAAGGUGCGUGACGGUGAUGCCGUCCUCUUGACACACUCACUGGCAGGAGGCAUCUGUACAUUACUGCGGCGUUGUAUAUUGGCGUACGGUGGAAACUGUGGAAAGGACGGAAAUGCCUUGGGAAG